GUAAAUGAUGACAGAAUUUUCAUUUUUGGCUGAACUAUCCCUUUAAGUAAUAAUUUUCUGUAUGACUGUAUCAGUCUCUCACAUUGUUUGGAGGUUUUGGUUCUUCUUUACAACAUUGCAAUGUCCAGUUCAUUGAGGUUGGUGGAGCUUUUGUUUAUGCACAUGAUUUCAGUCAGGAUGAGGUCUGGACAAUGACUGGACUGUUGCAACCACUUUAUUAUUUUCUUUUCCGACAUUUUGUUGUAGAUAUGAUUCUGUGCUUGUAUCAUUAUCCUGUUGCAUGACCCAGUUGUGGCUAAGCUUUAGCUGUCAAAUGGAUGUCCUCACAUUGGACUCUAGGAUGGUUUAAUAUAGACCAUUUUCCAAGAUGUAAACAACACUGGUCCAGAAACACUUCCUGUUUCAGUUUGUAACUGUUUUCUUUAUUUCACAUAUAAAAAACAUUUUAAAGAUGAUUUUUAACUUUUUUAAUUCAGUUCUAUAUGUUCUGUUGGUUGUAUUUUAUCCCAACGUUUAUGUAGUGUUAAAAAACUGAAACAGAAAGUGCUUCUGACCCCGUGUUGUUUACAUCUUGCAAAAUGGUCAUACCAGUGGUUCUUAACGUUAUUCCUGGAAGCCCACUGCUCUGCACAUUUUUUAUGUCUCCCUUAUUAAACACACCUGAUUCAAAUCAUCAGCUAAUUAGAAGAGAUCUCCAUGAACUGAACUGUCUGUCAAAUAAAAGAGAUAUACAAAAUGUGCAGAGCACAUGGUCGACUCAAUCACUGUGAGGUGCCCAGGUCAUGUGCCUAUAGACCCUUUUACUGUUUGUACACAAUGAUGACGUGGCAACGUAUGCGCGCACAUUUUGGCAACGGAAGUAUGGCAAGAAUCAGCACUGAAGCAACACAGACAGAGAAAGUUAUUUUAAAACAUUGACUUAUCAACUUUUUUAACACAGCUACCUGAUCCGUAUACUAUAGUGGAGUGGAUAGAAGAUGUUAGCAGAUGGCCAAAUAUAAAGUGGCCAGAUACAUAUAUACGUAGCCUAUAUUAGUUAUUAUAUUAGUGCAACCAAACGCAACAACCAGACAUUUUGAUGCUGGGAAACCAUUUUGAUAAACUUUCUGAGUUGCUAACACGUUAGAACCAAUGGGGAACAAUACCACUUUCGUCGCCAAAAUGCACGCGCAGGCUAUUUGAUCACGUGAGCUGGAAAAGGGUUUAUUGCCCUGCUGACAAAAACAGCAUACCAGCAAGACCAGCAUAUGUUGUGUUUUGGUGCUGGUUUGCUAGUGAACACCAGCUAAACCAGCAUCCAACCAGCACCAGCAUUAGCACCAGCUAAACCAGCAUUAGCACCAGCUAAACCAGCAUUAGCAUACCAGCAUAUGUUGUGUUUUGGUGCUGGUAUGCUGGUGACCACCAGCUAAACCAGCAUAGACCAGCAUAAUUCCCAUGCUGGUCCAUGCUGGUUUGAUUCUGUUUUUUUCAGCAGGGUGAACAAGCAUGUGUUGCAUUUGUUGUGAGGUGUUUGUUCACAUGCAGCUUUGCAAACGUUAGCCAUGCUGUCAAGUUUUUUUCCAGUAGAGGAUUUCCCCUGGCAAUCCUUAAUCACAGGCAUUUGAUUAGCAGAGCCUGAAUACUACUGUCAGACUCUUAAUUCAUCUUUUAACAGUGUCAUAACUUGUCUCAUGUCUUUUUUCCCUUGGUUUAUUUUUGUUAAAUAAAUAAUGACAUGGUGUGAUAUGUCAAGUGUUGUUAUCCAUCUGGUUUUCAUUCUAAAACGCUUUACAUGGCUUAAUGUAGGCUUAAAUGCCUGCAUAGGCAUGUCUGUAUAGUAUGCUUUAUUAACAAGGUGUAGGCUAGACUAUACUGAAUCUUUAAAUGCCAGUCUUAAUGCAUUAAGGCACAUUAAGUGUGUUAAGCACAAUGCAUCAUAUUAGGCCUGAUCUGUUUGUCAAUAUAGAAGGCUGCUUUAUUAAUAAUGUUACAGAUUAGUCUUUCAAUAUCAUGGUCUUGAUGCAUUAAGCAUUUUCUUUAUUUUAAGAUUAGUUCACAUUCAAAUAGCCUGCAAAAAUACAUCAUCCCUGCAGCACUCUAUGCCCAUUUCAGUUUUAAAAUAAAGUAUUAUCAUGGUUUGAGAGUAAUGUGUGGGAGAAACAAUUAGACAAAAGAUAACUUUAAAUUGACUUUUUUACAUUAAUCUGUUCAUUUUUAAUUUUGAUUUAUAAAGAUGCAAAAUGUAAUUAAAUCUAAAAAAUAAGUCAAUAUUUCAUUUUUUUUUUUCAAAACCUCUGAUAAUAUCAGAAGGGCUUAUAAGCCUAAUGGAAAUUUCCUGAACUGUGUGUUCACCUGACAUAUCAAGUCCCCAUCACAACCACCCCACCCCCUGCGAUAGCCAAUAGGGGAUGACAACAGCACCCCUCCCCCAUUCACUCUCAUGCAGUCACGCAGGUGCGACCUCCAUUUUAGUUUAAUUUUGAUCAGAACUUGGAAAGACGAAACAUCUCCCCGGAAUAUUUCUUUUUGAUGGGAGCAUCAUGGACAAAAAAAGCCCAAAUAAAGUCAACAAAAGGAUCAGCAGGUUUGAACGUCGCAUCACAAGACUGAGAAAGCAUCAUGGUGAAUGUGCCAGGAGACAAUCAGCUAGAGAAAAGGCAAUGGAAACAUCAAGUGUUGGCACCAUCAUGCCUCACCAGGACCCAGAUGACCAGGUCCCAUCUCCCCUCCAGCAGGACAUACUUGACUUAAAAUUGAUGUGUAGAAAACGAUCCUUGCUGGAUUCAAAGGGAAAUAUGGACAGUUCAAUACCUUCAGAUGUUACCAAGCCGUUUGGCAAAAAGUCACUGUCUACAAAGAAAUCUGCGGACACAGACAGUGAUGCAGAUACAGAAAUCCUAGAGUUGCCCAGUUCUUCUGUAUCACCAGGAGCCUGUGAUGUCCCAGACCUAAAGAGGACUGACAGUGUAUUCCUUACCAAGAAAUCAUUAGGGAUCAGUUCCACUUCAGAUGACUCAAUUAGCAGCAUUGACAACAGUGAAGACGAGUAUGUGCCUGAAUCGGAGAGCAGUUCUGAAGAAUCUGAAGACAGCAUUCCACAGCCUUUGUCCAGUCCCUCAUCUACCAAUGUGUCAUUAGGUGACAAUGUUGAUUCUUCCUCAUCUUCCAUGAAUGCAGACAAGGAAUGUUCCCCACUUGAAGUUAAGGAGACAAUGACUCAUUCAGAUAAUGACUGCAGUAGUGAGGUUUCUGUAAUGAAACUGAAAAAGACUGCAUAUGGCCAAAGAAUGUACAACAAAAAGCAUUAUUGCUUUUAUUGUUACAAACCAUUCUGCAAAAUGGCAAGACACUUGGCCCAAGUUCAUAAAAAUGAGGUCGAUGUAGCAAAAGCUCUUUCUUAUCCAAAGGGGUCUAAAGAAAGGAAGAUUAAUUUGGAUCUUUUGAGGAAUAAAGGGAACCGUGUACACAACACAAAUGUUCUAAAAGCUGGCAAAGGAGUGUUGGUGACUACUUGCACUGUUUGA